AUGGACGGUGGCGACGAGGGUGAGAAGGGCUCUGGCAAGGGCAAGGGCUAUGGCAAGGGCUACUGGGGAGGCUGGGGCUACCCCAUGAUGAUGCCCUUCUUCGGCAAGGGCAAGGGCAAGGGACUGCGAGGCUUCGCCAACGAGAAGAAAGUUUGGAUCGGGGGCCUGCCGGAUGGGCCGAGGGAUGUGGAGAAGAACAAGAAGCUCAAAGAGCACAUGGCGCAGGCCGGCGAGUGCAUUUUCGCGGAGAUCAUCAAGGGCGGCGCGGGCGGAGCGGCCUUCAAGAACCCUGAGGACGUGCCGAAGGCAAUUGCGAUGCUGAAUGGCAGCUCCUUCGACGGGAACACCAUUCAGGUUGACGUUUGGCAGCGCAAGACGCCUGAAACGCCAGAGGCGUUCAAAGUCGUUGGCGUUCUCCUUUUGACGGUAGGCAGGCUCAUGGAUUUGUCUGGGGUCAGGAGUUUGGAGUGGGAGGGAGGUGCAUUCCAUUGGAGCUUUGGGCACGAACAGAGACUCCCAAGCGCUGCUAUUCUUAGCACCAUGGACGGCGGCGGCGAGGGUGAGAAGGGCGCUGGCAAGGGCUACAAGGGCUUCGGCAAGGGCUACUGGGGAGGCUGGGGCUACCCCAUGAUGAUGCCCUUCUUCGGCAAGGGCAAGGGCAAGGGACUGCGAGGCUUCGCCAACGAGAAGAAAGUUUGGAUCGGGGGCCUGCCGGAUGGGCCGAGGGAUGUGGAGAAGAACAAGAAGCUCAAAGAGCACAUGGCGCAGGCCGGCGAGUGCAUUUUCGCGGAGAUCAUCAAGGGCGGCGCGGGCGGAGCGGCCUUCAAGAACCCUGAGGACGUGCCGAAGGCAAUUGCGAUGCUGAAUGGCAGCUCCUUCGACGGGAACACCAUUCAGGUUGACGUUUGGCAGCGCAAGACGCCUGAAACGCCAGAGGCGUUCAAAGUCGUUGGCGUUCUCCUUUUGACGGUAGGCGCGCGAAGUGCAGAUGGAAUCAAGGUGCACUCACUUGAAGUCUUCAGCUACGGGCACGAACAAAGACUCCCUGCCAUUCCUGGCACCAUGGACGGCGGCGGCGAGGGUGAGAAGGGCGCUGGCAAGGGUGGCUACAAGGGCUAUGGCAAGGGCUACUGGGGAGGAAGGAGCAUCGAGAAUUCGUGCAUUGCCGGAGCAAGGUUCCAAGAAGUUUGUUUCAUCACCAAUGCCAUGAAGUUUCAGGUGAUCUUCGGCAAGAUUCUUCGUUAUCCGUUCUUCAUUGUCAUUGAUGCGUGGAUGGAUGUCGUGAUGAAUGGCGUGAUGGAUGUCGUGAGGGAUGGCGGGUGGUUCUUCGUUAUCUUUGAUGCACGGAUGGAUGUCGUGAUGGAUGUCGUGAUGGAUGGCUGGGGCUACCCCAUGAUGAUGCCCUUCUUCGGCAAGGGCAAGGGCAAGGGACUGCGAGGCUCGGCACCGCUGCUGAGUGACCUCUUGCUUCCGUUACUUCCAUCUAGCAGCUUCCCAAACGAGAAGAGCCUGGGUGAAUCAGUUGCGCCACCAGAUGUGGAGAAGAACAAGCCGCUCGAACGAAGGGGUGGUGGACCUUGUGGAGGGGUGUCGGGCAGGAGGCUCAAGGAGCACAUGGCACAGGCUGGCGAGUGCGUCUUCGCGGAGAUCAACCGCAGUGGCAUUGGUGGAGCGGCCUUCAAAACCCCCGAGGAUGCGUUCCGUUUUUUUGGAGUUAAGGACGUGCAGAAGGCUGUGGCGAUGCUCAAUGGAAGUGCCUUCGAGGGGCACACUCUUCAGGCUCGGAGCAGUAAAGCGAAAACAGGUUCUUCCAGCCUGGUCUGGGUCGGAGAGAGGUCGAUGUUUGGACGCGCAAGACGCCUGACGAGCCGGCUGCCUGAGUGCCGGAGUGAAAGCGGGCGAGUAUGCGAGGUGGACCGCUCAGAGGUGAAAGGUGCAGGCUCGUACUCGGUUGCGGAUGGGGCAGGCUGCCCACCUCAAAGCCUACCAAGGUGGUUGUCAUUGUUGGAGCCGGAAUGUCCAAACUCCUCCCAGUUGCAGAGGAUGCUGAGCAGGCUUGUUCACUGUCUGAGCGAUCGUGCUUUUGUCAUUCCUGGCACCAUGGACGGCGGCGGCGAGGGUGAGAAGGGCGCUGGCAAGGGUGGCUACAAGGGCUUUGGCAAGGGCUACUGGGGAGGCUGGGGCUACCCCAUGAUGAUGCCCUUCUUCGGCAAGGGCAAGGGCAAGGGACUGCGAGGCUUCGCCAACGAGAAGAAAGUUUGGAUCGGGGGCCUGCCGGAUGGGCCGCGGGAUGUGGAGAAGAACAAGAAGCUCAAAGAGCACAUGUCGCAGGCUGGCGAGUGCGUUUUCGCUGAGAUCAUCAAGGGUGGUGCCGGUGGAGCGGCCUUCAAGAACCCCGAGGACGUGCCGAAGGCAAUCGCGAUGCUCAACGGCAGCUCAUUCGAUGGGAGCACCAUUCAGGUCGAUGUUUGGCAGCGCAAGACGCCUGAGGCACCGCCCGCCUGA